AUGCUAAAUCCUACUCUGGUGCCAGGUAACACUUUUAAUGAUGUCUAUGAGUUUAGAAAAGCCAUUAAACAAGCCAAUGUAUUGAAGGGGAAGAACUUGGCUUACCAAAAGAAUUCAAGGAAGAAACUUGUUGCAGUGUAUGCAAACAAGAAAUGUAAAUACAGAGUUUAUGGAAGGCAGUUGAAGGAUGAGGAGACAUUCAUGCUAAUUUCAAUUAAGCCCAAACAUACAUGUGCCAGGAGAUACAAGAAUCACUUGAUCACUUCAAACUGGAUAGUCGAGUGGUGCAGGGAUAGUUUUAGGGAUCAGCCGAAUAUGCCUAUAGAUGUCCUCAAGAAAAAGGUGAAGAAGAAGUGGAAUGUUGAUGUCCACGAUAGUUCUUUGUAUAGGGCAAGAAAGAAGGCACAAGAGUCCAGAUUUGGAAAGUUGGGGGAGCAAUACUUUCGUCUAUGGGAUUAUUGUGCAACGAUAAGAAGCAUAAAAGUUGGGAGUUGCGUCAUUUUGAUGGUUGAGAGACCUAUGCCUGAGGUGCCUUGUAGAUUCCAAAGGAUGUAUGUAUCCCUCGCAGCCAUGAAAAAAGGAUUCAAUGAUGGAUGUAGGCCUGUAAUAGGUCUAGAUGCUUAUUUCUUGAAAGGGGUUUACAAAGGGCAGUUAAUGGCAGCUGUCAGAAGGGAUGCCAAUAAUAACAUGUAUCCAAUUUCUAUAGCGGUGGUAGAGGCAGAGACCAAGGAUAGCUGGACUUGGUUUCUCGAGGCAUUAUUGGGAGAUCUUGGCUGUAGUCCACAUGGAUGGACCUUCAUUUCAGAUAGACAGAAGGGCCUCAUACCAAGCCUUCAGGAUGUGUGUCCUAAUGCUAAGCAUCAUAUUUGUGUGCUCCAUUUGUAUGCCAAUUUUAGAAACGAAGGUCAUCGGGGGGUGCUAUUGAAGGACAUGCUGUGGAGACCUGCUUCAGCAUACACACAGCAUGAAUUUCAUGCUGUAAUGGAGGAGAUUAAGGGCAUUAAUGCCAAAGCACAUGAGUACCUUGCAAAGGUUGACCCUAGAACUUGGUGUAGGGGAUGGUUCAACACACAUGCAAAGUGUGACCUCCUACAUAACAAUUUGGCUAAAUGCUUCAAUUCAUGGAUCACCAAGUACUGGGACAAUACCAUCUUGACAAUGUUGGAAGGAAUUAGGGGCAAUUUAUUGAGAAGAUACAAAAAAAGAAAAAGAGAUCUUAUUAAUGAAAUGGAGGGGAAUGUGGGGCUUAAAAUAAAGGAGAAGUUGGAAAUAGAGGAAUAUGAGGCUAACCAUUGUUCGCCAUCAUAUGCUGGUGAUGGGUUAUUUGAGGUUGACUGCAAGGGUAGAAAGUUUGUGGUGAACUUACCAUCAAAGACGUGUGAGUGUAGAAAGUGGGAUUUGGGUGGCUCCUCCAGUGCCCCACCUGUGGAUCAUCCCACUGCACCAAUACAAAGUGCCCCAUCUUUUGAUAAUUUAACAACUAGUAGGGGUCAAAAGAGGACAAGAGGAGAGGGUUUGAUCACUUCAUUCACACAGGAUGGGGGUCAAAGUAGGAAGCAGGGCACUCUGGGUUUGGCCACUAGGACAAGAGCAUCUGCAAGAUUGAGAUCUGGUGCUACACAAGCUAGCAACCCAAAUAGUAGAGGCAAGCUUGUAGUUGAUCUCACUGGGGACCCCGCUGGACCACCCAAAAUCCCAGGGAGUGGACCUGCAUGCUUAUGGGGUCCUCCAAAAGGUGGCAUCGCUUUUAGAGUUGUCCCCCCUGAUUUUGAUAUUAGCAAAUUGAAAACAUCUACUAACAUUCUGCCGCCUGGUGUUGAAGGAGUUGUAGAGAUGAACAAGGGUAAGACCAUUGGAAGAAAACAUGACAAGGGGAAGAAGAAGAUUUGGCAAGUCUAA